AAAAAUCGAAGCGAAAGCAGAAAAAAGAUCGUCUCUUCUACUCUCGAUUCGUUGCCUGAGGGAUGCAUUUCAAACAUAAUCUCUUUCACAAGUCCUGAAGACGCUUGCGUCGCUGCUGCGGUUUCGAAGAUCUUCGAAUCGGCGGUGAAAUCAGAUAUCGUAUGGGAGAAGUUUCUUCCGACGGAUUACGAAUCUCUGAUUACUCCGUCGCGAGUUUUCUCAUCGAAGAAGGAACUCUAUUUCUCUCUCUGCAACGAUCCUCUUCUAAUCGAAGAUGGCAAAAUGGUAAAAAAUCUUAACCUAUUUAUGUUUACACGAUCUGAGAAUCAUGUACUACAAAUUAGCAAUGUAGAAGUUAUGGGAAAUUACAAUUGGUAUGUUAGAGUCAUUGAAUUAACGUUGAAGUUCUAUCUUGUGCUGAUGAUACUAAAUAUCUCUGAUUAUUUGUCGAAAACCGAAGAGCUUAUGGUUAGAGAAAGCGAGUGGGAAGAGAUGCAUAAUGUUAUCUGCAACUGCGAUGAAUCUAUCAAGCAUGGCAGAUAUGUCUCAGCGUUUCCUAUGGAUUCCAUGUCCAGAAUCUAGGUUUGAAACAGUAGCGGCGCUUCGCGAAGCAUAUAGGUUUGAGUUUAAUUGCAGAAUGAAUACUCGUGUCCUUUCUCUAAGAACUCGUUACUCGGUCUACAUUGUGUUCAAGAAAGCGGAUAAUUGGUGUGGCUUUAAGGGUGUGUCUAUAGAGGCUGUAGUUGGGAUAGUGGGAGAGGAGUCUUUUAGAAGUUUCAUAUGCUUUGAUACGCAUGGGAAGGGGCAGGCUCGAAAGAGGAAAGUGGUGGCGAAACCAGAGUUGAGAGAAGAUGGGUGGAUGGAGACAGAGAUUGGGGAAUUCUAUAAUGAAGGAGGAUUAAUGAGUAGUGAUGAGGUUGAGAUAAGUACUGUAGAGGGUAAAUACGCCCAGCAGAAGCGUGGUUUGGUCAUUCUAGGAAUUGAAAUCCGUCCUGCGAAAAUCCUCGAGGAGUUUUCGGUUUGUCGUUUGUGAGGCCAAAACAAAGCGUUUAGUUCUAGAGAUUGAAAUACUCUGAUAGUCUUUUAGCUCUUUCUUAUUUUGAAAGUGUAAGAGCUUCUGGUUAGACAAAGCAAGCGGGAAAAAGUUGGUGUACAAAUCUAUUUUGUAAUCAUUUGAUGAUCAACACCGAAAAAUGUUGCCCAUGUUUUUCGUAGAUUCGAAAGAGUAGGAGAGGUUGAUGUACAAAUUGGCUUCAGAUUCACGACAAGUUGAAUCCUCGUCUUCUGUCCCCAAAAAUCGUCACUCAAACUUACUUAGUGCUUAGGAAAUUGGAUUAUAUUUUUGGAUUUGGGAUGUCCCCUUAUAAGCUGAAGGUAGAGUGGUGGAUCCGUAUGGUCUUAGCCAGGGCCGCCGUAUGCUUUGAUCCGGCUUCCGAUGAGUAGUUUCUAAGGAGGAAACCCGAAGAAAGGUAAGAUAGGUGAAUGGAUGUAUCAUUCUAAAUUGUUUAUGUGAUGAUAUCCUUUUUAAGUCUUAUUUUUCUAGUAAUUGUUAGCGUAACGAGUCAAGACUAUAUUAUAAUAAGAAUGACGG